AUGGCAGUACGCAGUCGUUCACGUUCCGUGGAUGGACUCUCGGAUCGCGACGAUGGAUCACCUGUGAUGGAAAAAAAUGGCAAUAUGCGUGGUCAUCGUCAUCACCGUCAUCGUGGAUCCACGUCACGUUCACGCUCACGUACACACUCACGUUCUGCGUCUCCGGAUGGUUCACGUUCACCGAUCGAAGAGGACGAUAGAGACGACGAGCCAAACGAUCGAGAAGAGGACCUGGAGCGCUCUCGUUCAGGAUCACCCAUAGUCGAGAAAGAGCGUUCACGAUCGAGAUCACGCUCGCGAUCGCGUGAUCGUGACAGAGAUCGUCGAUCACACCAUCGUUCACGAUCGUAUCGCAGUAGCAGCAGGCGAAGACGUUCUUCACGUCGUUCCCGCUCACGUAGUUCACGUAGAAGUGCUCGUAGAAGAAGUCGCUCAUACUCACGCUCUCCAACACGUCGUUCACGUCGAUCACGUUCACCACUCCCACCGCCACGUUCACGUGCACCCUACCAUUCGUCCUACAAUACUGCGUCAUCCUACUAUUCACGUUACUCGCCACGCCGUAGUCGCUACAACGACGGACGUGAUAAUCCUGAGCCGUGUGCAUGCUUGGGUGUGUUUGGCAUGUCGCUGAACACAACCGAGCGCGAUUUGAAACGAAUUUUCGGUGAGUACGGCGAGAUUGAAACAGUGCAGUUGGUCUAUGAUCGAUACAGUGGGCGUUCGCGUGGCUUCGGAUUCGUUUAUUUCGUGUCGACAAAGGAAGCAGCGAGAGCAAAAGACCAUUUGAAGGAUGCAGUGAUUGAUGGAAUGCGUGUACGUGUGGAUUUCUCGGUGACUAAAGGAGCGCCAAAGUAUGCGGUGUUUACUGGGAGGACUUUAUCGCGUCGUUCUCGCAGUCGCAGUUCGGACAGUGGAGGAGGAGGUCGUCGUCGUCGAUCGCGUUCAUGA